GAAAAUAGAUUAAUAAACUCAAUACUUAAGAAACCCUCCAAAUUCACAAAGACCCUUCACCUUGGGCGCGUAAUUCAAAGAAACUCUUUGCUCCCUUAAAAUUUGGAUUAUUUUUUACGAUUUCCUCAGUCGCUCCCUCCCUUCCGCCGCUGCCACUGCCGCCCUCCGCUCAGAAAUUCGAACCCGCCAGAGGCGGUUGGUCUCUCUUUUCGCGCCAUAGUUCGCCAUCUUUGAUCGGCGGGCAAUUGUCGGUUUAGACAAUUUUCUUUCAAGAAGUUCAAGUAUCGUGCAUUUGAAUGGAAGAAGAGGGGAAUACAAUUUCUGACAAUGAAGAGGUUCCUGGUUGUGAUGUGCGAGGAAAAAGAGUUGUAGAAACAGAAGUAGAGGAUAGAGAGGAGGAGGAGGAGGAGGAGGAAGAGGAAGAAGACGAGGAAGAAGUAGAGGAUGAAGGAGAAGAUGAUAAUGAAGAAGAAGAUGGUUACAUUUUCAAAUUCAAGGCCGGAGAAAAUCCUUUUGAUUUUGUUGAAGGGACAGAUUUUAGCAUCCAACCAUAUAAAAAAUUUGAGCGUCUUGAAUAUGAAGCUCUUGCUGAGAAAAAGCGAAAGGCUCUUGCAAAUGGUCAGAGCGAGAGGUCUGCAAAGAGAGGCAGGGUAGAAGAUAUUUCUGGUGCAAGCUUUGAGGAAAUUAUGGAAGCUAUGAAUUAUGGAUCUAGGAGGAAGCGAAGGCAGCCUAAAAAACGAGGUAGGCGGAAAGGAUCAAAGAGAAAGCUUAAUUGUGAUGUUACAAAGUUGCUCGGUGAUGCAACCUUAUGUUAUGCUCAAGGCCAGUAUGAGAAGGCUAUAUCUGUAUUGAGUCAAGUUGUUCUGCAAGCCCCAGAUGUACCCGAUUCGUACCAUACACUUGGACUUGUUUAUAAUGCAAUUGGGGAUGAUGUAAAAGCCAUGGGAUUCUACAUGCUAGCUGCACAUUUAAUGCCAAAAGAUUCAUCUCUCUGGAAACUGCUAUUUUCAUGGUCAAUUGACCGAGGUGACAUUGAUCAAGCCAGCUACUGUCUUUCUAAAGCAAUAAAAGCAGAGCCUGAUGAUAUUAAUUUAUUAUUUUACCGUGCAUCACUCUACCUUGAGCGUGGAGAUUGUCAGAAAGCAGCUGAAACAUAUGACCAAAUUCACCAACUAAGUGUUGAAAAUGUUGAAGCACUAAUGACAGGAGCGAAGCUGUACCAACAAUGCGGUCAUCUUGAACGUGCAAUUUGCAUUCUUGAGAACUACAUCAAAGGACAUCCAGUUGAAGCUGAUUUAGAUGUAGUUGAUCUUCUAGCUUCUUUAUACAUGGGAAGUAAAGAAUUCAGCAAAGCUCUUGAGUGCAUUGAGCAUGCAGAUAGUGUGUACUGUGCAGAUAAUGAGCUACCUUUAAACUUGACUGCUAAAGCAGGAAUAUGCCACAUCCAUCUUGGAAAUUUUGAGAAGGCAGAGUGCCUCUUUGCUAAUUUGAGACGAGAAGCUGGCGAUGAAGGCUCAAAUUUGAUGAUUGAAGUUGCAGACUCAUUACUGAGUCUUAAGCACUAUAACUUGGCAUUGAAGUAUUAUCUGAUGUCAGAAGAAGUAAAUGCUGGAGGGAACGUGGGAAUUCUAUACCUAAAAAUUGCCCAAUGUUACUCAUCAACUAAUGAAAGAGCAGAGGCAAUUGUUUUCUUUUAUAAAGUGCUUCAACAUCUUGAAGAUAACAUUAAUGCUCGAUUAACUUUGGCUUCCCUCCUCCUCGAGGAAGCUAGAGAAGAAGAAGCCAUUUCAUUACUAUCUCCUCCGAAAGAUUCAAACUCAACUAGCUCAUCUUCCAGCAAAUGCAAACCUUGGUGGCUCAAUGAGAGAGUAAAACUGAAGCUUUGCCACAUAUUCAGAACUAAAGGAAUGCUUGAGAACUUCGUUGACGCAAUCUUUCCUUUGGUCCGUGAGUCCUUGUAUAUUGAGACUCUUCAUGAAAAGAUUAAAGUGAACAAGAAGAAGCUUCCAAAGAGGGUUUUGCUUGAAAGAGUCAAAGUACUAGAUGGACGUAAAACCGGUGGCCUAUUUCGUGGAUUCAGACCUGUAGCUCCUAAAUCAGAUUUAUCAAAGGCGUCGAGAGCAAAGAAAUUGCUUCAAAAGAGGGAAAGAAUCAAGGAAGAGAAGAAGGCUCAAGCUCUGGCUGCUGGAGUCAAUCUGAACUAUGAUGAUUUCGAUGAUGAGCCAAUGCUACGGGUGCCCCGAGAAUCUCCCCUGCCUAAUCUUCUGAAGGAUGAAGAAUAUCAUAAUCUUAUUGUUGAUUUGUGCAAGGCUUUGGCUUCCUUGGGAAGAUGUUCUGAAGCUUUAGAGAUCAUAAGUCUAACUUUAAAGUUGGCUUUUAACUCGUUGUCCAUAGAAAGGAAGGAGGAACUCCAGUUACUCGGAGCUCAACUAGCAUUCAGCUCAACUGAUACCAAGCAUGGAUUCAACUUUGCAAAGCACGUUGUGAAGCAGUACCCUUAUAGCAAUUCUGCUUGGAAUUGUUAUUAUAAAGUAUCUUCAAGAAUGACAAACCGGGAUUCAAGGCAUUGCAAACUUCUGAAUAGCAUGCAAACCAAGUACAAAGAUUGUGCACCACCCUAUAUCAUUGCAGGGCAUCAAUUUACCGCCAUUAGCCAUCAUCAAGAUGCGGCAAGGAAAUAUCUUGAAGCUUAUAAACUGUUGCCGGAUAGUCCCCUAAUUAACUUGUGUGUUGGAACGGCCUUGAUCAACUUGACACUUGGAUUUCGUCUUCAAAAUAAGCAUCAGUGUGUUGCACAAGGCUUGGCAUUCCUCUACAAAAAUUUGAAGCUUUGUGAUAACAGCCAGGAAGCCUUGUACAACAUAGCUCGAGCAUAUCAUCACAUUGGACUCGUGACACUGGCAGUCACGUAUUACGAAAAGGUGCUUGCAACUUACCAGAAGGAUUGUCCCAUCCCAGAACUUUUUGGAGAGAAUCAAGACGGUAAGCAUCAGACAUCAGUCUACUGUGAUCUACGUAGAGAAGCGGCUUACAAUCUGCAUCUCAUAUAUAAAGAGAGCGGAGCUUUAGAUCUUGCUAGGCAAGUCCUAAAAGAUAAUUGCACAUUUUAAGUAGGAAGCAGAUUUUUUUUUUUUUUUUUUCGAGGUAGCAGCUGUGUUCUAACAUCUAACUAGCAAUAGAUUUAUCUUUAUUUUGACAACAUUGUAUAUAUAGGUUAAGGAUAUAUUAUUUUAUGACCGAGUUUAUAAGGAUUCAGUUGAUUAUGUAUGUAUCUAUCAAACUUAGAAGAUAAAUUAGUGAUUCAGUCGAUUUUAUAUGGCAAGAAUAUGUAAUUUAGCUGAA